CAUUUGCAUCCGUGAUGUUGUAGGUUUCACCGGUGGGAGGCGCCUGAUUUUAAUUUUGUCUCAGGUGAGAUGCAUAAAAGAGGUAAGAUGAGAGUCGACGCCACUUCUGCUUCGUUUGUCAUCAGCUUUGAGGUAUUCACAGCAGUGUAAAAUGGGUUCCAAACUCGAGAGUGCAAUGGAGGGGCUAAUUCAAGUGUUCCACUCCUACUCUUCAAAAGAAGGGGACAAGUACAAGCUGAGCAAAGUUGAGCUGAAGAAUCUGUUGCAGGGUGAACUGAGUGACUUCCUGGCGGCAUGCAAAGACCCUAUGGUAGUAGAGAAGAUCAUGAGUGAUCUGGAUGAAAACAAAGAUGGCGAAGUGGACUUCCAGGAGUUUGUCAUCUUGGUUUCUGUGCUGACGGUGGCCUGUAACGAGUUCUUUGUACAGGGCCUGAAUGAAUGAGUUGGGAAACAGUCUGUGACCUCACCUUUCUACUCAUUAUUCCUUGUUAAUAAAAGUAACGCAUGUUUUCAUUUGAUUGAAAUAAUUGUUUAUACUUUUGACAAACAGGCAAAUGUUUCAAUAUUAUUGUCAGAUAGUGGUAAUUUCUAACAAAGGCUCUUUUCACUGUUGUAAAAUGAUUGCUUCUGUAGAGAAUCCUGGACUGGGCAGUUUCAGUGUACUAUUGCUCUCAUUGCACUUAUAGUAACAUUCUGCUCAGAUCAAUAAAGGUGAUCAUUGCUGUCUUUCUAAA